UGUAAGGAUUACAUGGUGUGCUCAAUUGCCUGGGGGGAUUCGGGUAAUGACGUCACUCGUGUCGAAUUGUGUAAACAGAGUAGCCAACGUCUAGAAGUAAAACAUUUUUGGUGUUGUAAUAUUGGCACAUGUUCAUGCAUCGUCACACUCAUGCCGCUUAUGCCACUCAGAAGUACGGUACAUUGUUUUGUGUUAAACAGUGGGUCUGUUUGCGUUGCGACAAUAUAUAAAUUUAAAAUAAAAAUGGUGCGGUGUAUUGUUAAAAGUUGUAGGAAUAAAACAACGGGGGUUUGUGAGGAAACUGUGAAUUUUUUUCCGCUACCGAAAAAUGAAGUGAUGCGGGAAGGAUGGCUGAAAAAAAAGGAGGCUAUGUUUUACCACCAAAAGUUGAAUUUGCAAGGAUAUGCUCGGUUCAUUUUAGUCAAGAGUCCUUUCAUCAAGGUCGAGCACGGAAAGACCCUGUUAAGAAACGUCACCUACUACCAUCGGCUGUGCCAACGUUAUUUUUGAAUUGUUCAGAAGCUCCAAAUGUAAACAAGAAUGCGGUGGCUGAGUACAAAGAUUCCUUACCUGAUGAAGUUUUAUUGUGUCUGGUGAGAACACGUACGUACAUACAAAUAAAAGAAAAUGCCAAAAAAUCGUAUGUAAACAGAGAGAGAAGAAAGAAGGAGAAGAAAAUGAAGAAACUAGUGUCGUAA